AUGGUUCGAUGGAUGUUGGAGGUACUGCUGGCGUGCGGUCUCCUGGCCGGUCUUCACGCGAGUGUGGAAGUGAUAAAAGACGUCACUCUGGGAUUUGGUGAGGCUCUACAGCAUUGUAGAGAAGAAAGUCAACUAUCAGAAGACAAGAUGGAGCAAUUCUUCCACUUCUGGCGCGAUGACUUCAAGUUCGAGGACCGGGAGCUUGGCUGCGCCAUCAAGUGCAUGAGCUCGCACUUCAACCUACUCACCGACUCGCAUCGCAUGCACCACGAAAACACGGACAAGUUUAUUAAAUCCUUUCCGAACGGUGAGAUUCUGUCAAAGAAGAUGGUAAACAUCAUCCAUUCGUGCGAGCAACAGCAUGACACCAUGGACGAUCACUGUUGGCGCAUCCUGCGGGUCGCCGAGUGCUUCAAGCUGACGUGCCAGGGGGAGGGCAUCGCGCCCACCAUGGAACUGCUCAUGGCCGAGUUCAUCAUGGAGGCUGAGGCCAGG